AUGGACGUAUCUGAGCAAACAGGAGAGUCCAGUAAAACAACUGAAGAACCUGUGAGAAAUGUAGCGCCAUCAUUAGUAAUAUGUAGCAAUUUAGAUUGUAGUGAUGAUCCCGGCUUCCCGAACGGCGCCGCUGCUGCUGCACUCUAUUGCAAUGCUGCCUAUGCCGGCUUUUAUAUGCCCAACUUCGGUGUUAAGCGGAAAGGUGGUCAAAUUCGUUUCACCUCUCAGCAGACAAAAAAUCUCGAAAAUCGUUUCGCCAGCUCAAAGUAUCUCUCACCUGAAGAACGUCGCCAUCUGGCACUGCAACUCAAACUUUCCGAUCGUCAAGUGAAAACGUGGUUUCAAAAUCGUCGCGCUAAAUGGCGACGUUCCAAUCAAAGCAAGCGUGCACCUCACUCACACCUGUUGAGCCAGGCAUUGAGUGGCGGUGCGCCUGGUGUUGUGGAUAGCAGUGGUACUGCUGUUGCUGCACCGCAUAGCUGUAGUCGAGGCAAUGGCAUCUUGUCUGAGGAGGACGAUGAUGAUAUUGAUGAUGUGGAAGAUAGCGAUGAGGAGAAGGAAUAA